CAAUCUGAGGUCGGCGCGCACCAUGCAUGUCCAUGUAUAACUUCAGGUUCAUCGUUAGUGUAGGAAAGCUUGUCUGCGUUCCACGAUGGUGGAGCCCUGUGAGUUGCACUUGCCGUUCCUUAUCCAAUGGUUAGCCUUCAAUAGCAUCCAAUAGCAUUUCUAAAGGACAUUUUCAGUGUGUAUAUUGUGUGUGUGUGUAUAUAUAUGUGUGUGUGUGUGUGUGUGUGUGUGUGUGUGUGCGUGCGUGCGUGAAUGCGUGCGUGCGUGCGUGUGUGUGUGUAUGUUAGAGAGGGAAAAGUGAAUUUGCAUGUGCAGAGUUAUUAGUAGGUUUGAAAAGCUAGCACUGGCUCUGCCCCGUUUCCCGCUCUGCACGGCGGAGUAGGAGGAAGUGUUUCGCUGGAAGAUGAUGACAGAGGUCAGGCACUGCUAAUCGGCACUGAAGAGGAGUGGAGGCGAGGCACAGACCAGGAACACAUACAUUAAUACACUUGUACCAUCACCAAUCAGCAUAGGUGCGCUGCUCUGCGCUACCCUCUCCCUCUCUCUCUCUCUCUCUCUCUCUCUCUCUCUCACCAACUCACGAGCGCACAUUUUCAGUCUCGCGCUGCCCUGACAACCCAUUUUAUUGUCAAUCUCUGCUUCCUUCGCAGGGAUUUCCAUCUCUAUUCAAGAUCACUUGGAACAUAUAUACAAGACAAACUCUUCGCAGGGGCUAUACAGCACUGUGGCUCCGUCUCAUUUGUGCUCAGACUUAUCAACUAAGGCUUUGGCUGCAGUGUACACAGGAUGCCUCAAAAAGGGAGAAUAUAUUAACUAGUGAGAAGCAGAUGAGGGAUUCUUUAAAUUGUUUUAAGCGGACAGUCCACACUGUUUCCAGAAUACUAUAACCGGGCCACGUGGGAAUCUGGCGUCGCGUCCAUGAUGCAAAACAAGGUGUAUGACUAUAACGAAGGUCACAGCGGAGUGAAUCAGCUUGGCGGAGUGUUCGUCAACGGCAGACCCCUGCCCGACACCACCAGACAGAAAAUAGUCGAGCUUGCUCACAGUGGCGCGCGGCCGUGCGAUAUAUCCAGGAUUCUGCAGACCCAUGGUGAUGCAAAAGUUCAAGUGCUGGACAAUGAAAACGUGUCAAACGGCUGUGUGAGUAAGAUUCUGGGCAGAUACUAUGAAACCGGCUCCAUCAGACCAAGGGCGAUCGGGGGUAGCAAACCAAGAGUAGCAACUCCCGAGGUGGUCGGAAAAAUUGCAGUAUACAAGAGGGAGUGCCCGUCAAUCUUCGCGUGGGAAAUUCGUGACAGACUGCUAUCCGAGGGGGUCUGCACAAACGAUAAUAUACCCAGUGUAAGUUCAUUGAGUGUGUCGUCGAUAAACAGAGUACUGCGCAACCUGGCUAGCGAGAAGCAACAGAUGGGCGCAGAUGGCAUGUAUGAGAAGUUGAGAAUGCUGAACGGUCAGACUGGGACGUGGGGGACCCGCCCGGGCUGGUACCCCGGAACCUCAGUGCCAGGACAGCCCAACCCAGAUGGUUGUCCACAGUCAGACGGUGGAGGUGAGAACACUAAUUCAAUAAGUUCGAAUGGAGAAGACUCGGAUGAGACCCAAAUGAGACUUCAGCUCAAAAGAAAAUUGCAAAGGAACCGCACUUCGUUCACACAAGAACAGAUAGAAGCGCUUGAGAAAGAGUUUGAAAGAACUCACUAUCCAGAUGUGUUCGCAAGGGAAAGACUUGCUGCAAAGAUUGACCUCCCAGAGGCCAGAAUACAGGUGUGGUUUUCAAAUAGAAGGGCAAAGUGGAGGAGGGAGGAGAAACUACGGAAUCAAAGACGACAAGCCAGUAACUCUUCCAGUCACAUCCCUAUCAGCAGCAGUUUCAGCACCAGUGUCUACCAGCCCAUCCCACAGACCACAGCACCAGGUUGGAUGUCGUUCUCAUCAGGAUCCAUGUUGGGAAGACCAGACACAGCCCUUACAAACACAUACAGUGCCCUGCCACCUAUGCCAAGCUUCACCAUGGCCAACAACCUGCCUAUGCAAGCCCCUGUGUCCAGCCAGACCUCCUACUCCUGCAUGCUGCCCACCAGUCCCUCAGUCAAUGGACGGAGCUAUGACACGUACACCCCUCCUCAUAUGCAGGCACACAUGAACAGCCAAUCAAUGGCUGGUUCAGGAGGCAACUCAACAGGUCUCAUCUCUCCUGGAGUAUCUGUUCCUGUUCAAGUCCCAGGCAGUGAAGCAGACAUGUCCCAGUACUGGCCCAGGCUACAGUAGAGACGUUCAACGUGUGACUCCUUGGAUAUUGUCUGUCCGGCAGUAUUUUAGUACAGACCUGAGAAAAUACUCUAAAAGAGACUAUUUUGUACUGGGAUUGGGCCAUUCUCUAUCAUUCUUUGGCCACAAAGACUUGAAGAAGAAAAAAAGAGAAAGGACUUCUGUAAAGUGCCCGGUGUAACAUCGUAAAUGGGGGGAAAAAACUAGCUGUUUUCAGUUUCCAACUUAUGUCAUUUUUGGUGUAUUUGUAUAUGGCCAGUUGUAUGUCAUGAUGAAAAAAUAACAACGUGGAUGGACAGUGAAACUGAGUUGGUCCUUGCUUCUGCUGAAAAGAAGAUCAUUUGUGAAGAAUUUUCUUCCAUGAAUAAUUUUUAUCAAUGUAUAUCAAGAAGCUCUCCCAGUCUGUGUACAGAAUGUGGACUCUGGUGAAACAAGUUUGUAUCAUUCCAGGUACCAGUUGGGUAUGAGACACCUGUUUCUCUAUUCUUUUCUUUUCAAAAGCUUGCUGGCAGAAACAUUGUAAAUGGAAAGCAUUAACCGCUGAAAUGGAGUUUUGGUAGCUAAAAACGGUAGAUUGUGUCUUCGAUAUAAUUCAGUUUGUUAUGUCGAAAUGUAAGUAUUUGUCUUCCCUAGCAGUCUCCCGGAACAAUUUCUAUAAUAAAGUUAAUUUCAUUUA